AUGUAUGACAACAUCUCUGAUUUCACAAGAUAUGAUGACGACCAUGACCCCGAACACGGUGAAGAAGAAGUUUUACAAACAUCCAUUAAGACAGGAAAGGUUUUAACUCAAAGUCUCAUUAUUGACACCAAAGAUGGCGAAGUGGACGUUCUUCAAGAGCUGAAGAAAAAUACUUCUUCGGGAGGUGGUGGUAGGCAUGAACUUGAAAUAAAUGAGAUAGAAGAGAAAUUAGCCGAAAAAGCAGAUAAAAACCAUGUUCAUUAUAUAAGUUCAGACGAACAGAUUAUAACGGACUACCAUGGAUAUUUAACACAGGAUGAACAAAUAAGCACUGAAGAUGUUAAUGAAAGAAGAUAUAAAUUCAUUCGUGCUAAAGGUUAUGACAUACACUGUACUGUACAGUAUGACACAGGUAAAGCACCAGAAGCAUUUGGUUAUAACAAUGAAAUUUAUGCUUCAUACUUCUUUGUUAACGGUGUAUUAGUUGAACCAAGAUUUACAUUGAGAGUUAAGGCAAAAAUAACUUUUGAAGAUGCUAUUAAAAGUAAAGCUGACAAAGAUGAACUUGACGCAACGAACAAAGUUUUGAAAUCUCAUAAACACAAUAUCUCCGAUAUAAAUGAACUUCAAGCUACAUUAAAUAGUAAAGCUGACAAGAACCAUACACAUGAAUCCUUCACUACUGUUAGAGCAGACGACAUAAUAUUGAACUAUACCCUUGGUUCAAGUGCACCUUUAGAGAAUCCAAGUACAAGCGUAAAAGAUACACUAAACUCCUUAAAUAGUAAAUGUAUGA